AAAAGAGCAUUGAUCAGAUUGUUGAAUAUUGUUAGUUUUUUCCCGGGUAGUCGACAGUGUCGAGGGUUGUUAUAUCGAUAUAUCGAUAAACCAAAUGGAGAGUACUGGCUGCAAUCGCCCGCCUGCCUGGCACAGGGGAAGAUGGAUAUGUGAUAUUCGGUCAAGUAUUUUGAAGUUAACGCACUUUUCUACAAACGUACUGUGAGGCAGAAUCGGAUUGUUGGGUUGUUUGUUUCGGGUUGAAAAAUCUCGAAAUUGAAGACAAACGUGGGACGGAUGGGAAGACACCCUGUUUAACAGGGUUGAUGGAAAUAAGUCGGGGGUUAAAAAGAUACUGGAAAAUAAUAAAUUAUCGGCGCGCAACAUUCGACAAUAACAUUCGAUAUCAUGCGCGUAACGAAGGAUCAGAAAGUGAUUUAAACCGUCUUGCCAGAAAUUCGUGAACCUUGUCAUUACCAUUGUCAUUAUUUCUGUUGUUACUGUUAUUAUCGUGAUUUUUACACGAUCGGCGAAGGAUCGCAGCGUUUAGUUUAGCCCCGCGUUCGUUGCAACUCGUGGAGUGACAACCGAGAGGCGAACUUAACCUAACUUUGGGGAGCCCUUGAACCGCGGCUUAAACUAAACUAAACUCUCGGCCAUCGUAACCACCGAACUCUGAGUGACUUAAUUAUUAUAAGAACGUACAGAGGAGAGGAGGAAGAAGAAUGCCAAAAAUAAGAACUAAACCUGUGUCCAAUAGCUCGUGGCUCAGGCAGCGAGAAAUUGGAUUCAAGUUCCCUCUAGGUCACAACGACAGAUUCUACAAGACUCUCUAUUCCUCCAUACAGCCAUGCACCUCCUGGGAUCACCGCGAAAAUGUUUCCAGUGCUAUGCACGGCGGUGUUUUCAACCUAGAAUAUUCACCGGAUGGGUCCCUCCUGCUUGCGGCAUGCGAAAAACGCAGUAUUCUGAUGUUCGAUCCACUUUGCAGAAGGCUCAUACACGCUAUAGACAAUGCGCACAAUGACUGUGUCAACUGUGUAAGGUUCCUGGAUCAGCGGAUGUUCGCUACGUGUUCAGACGAUAGUACCGUGGCACUCUGGGACGCGAGAAAUCUUAAACAGCGCAUAAGAACUCUCCAAGGCCAUUCGAAUUGGGUCAAGAAUAUCGAGUUUAGUCCAAGCGACGGUUUACUUUUGACGAGUGGAUUCGACGGCAGUAUUUAUACAUGGGACAUCAAUAGCUUUACAGAGAACAGUUUUUUGUACAAUCGAGUAUUUCACACCAACGGACUCAUGCGGACUAGGCUGAGUCCCGAUGCAACCAAAAUGCUCAUUUGCACAACCUCUGGGUACUUAAUCAUUAUACACAAUCUUCAGCUGAGCACUCUGUCGCAGGAUUUAGCAGGAUUCAAGCCGAAUAUGUACAGACUCAUGCAAUUGUCACAGACGACGAUACCUGUAGCAGCGAGUUUUACACACCUUUUUUCACACUCCCGAUCACAUAAUAGGGUCGAGUUCCUUACUGAUUUUCCUGUUGGGGAUGACGCGGAGGUGAUUUCAAGCCUUCAGGUUCAUCCACAGGGCUGGUGUGCUCUGUCGAGGAACGUCAGUACGGGCGAAAAGUCAGAGUGGACCUGCGUUCACGACAUUCAGGAGACUGACGCAGCGGCGCAAAUUGAGGAGCAGGUUAAAGACAACGAAGAUUCGGCAUCGCACUUCAACGAUCUCUCUGUAGAAGAAUACGAGGAUGAUCACCAGCCGCAGCCUUCGAGGUCAGGAACCACGUCGCCGUUCGUGAUAGACAGCGUGAGCCGAGCUAGAAUAGUGCAAGAAGUGACUGACAUAAUGACGAACUCGUUCGUAUCGACGGACGCGACGCAGCCUAUAAGACCGUCGCGAACUAGCAAUUGGCAGGACAUACCGAGGCGAAAUUCGCGGUCUCAGUCCCGUUCCGGGGCGCUACCGCGACUGGAGAGAAACAUAGUGAGGACGAAUUUCGGUGUAGUAGAAGUUAGCUCGAUAGAAAAUUCCCUGGAGUCCAGACUUGGCUCGGGAAGUGAAGCUGAGGAGAGACGGCGGCAGGCGAACAGACUUCACGAGAGCGACAACGAGGGCGAUAAUUUACCAGGCGGCAACUCGUCUCCGGGAGAUAAUACCGAGGACUACAGACUGCCGCGUCAAAACUCCCAGCUCAGUGACCUGCGGCGAAGAAACGUGAUCGAUGGAUUCGAACUUCACGUGAGCAGCACCGACGUCUGGGAGGCUCUCGUAGCGAUAAGGGAAGCGAGACACAGACGAGAACGCGAGAGGGAAUUCCACUCGUCCCCCGGCGAACGGAGGGACUGGCUGCCCAGGUCGAGCAGCGGCGUUAGCGUCAGCAUGCCGCCGUCCCACACCGUUGUCAUACUCGGCGACAGGGCGAGGGCGCAGGGCCAGAACAGGCAAGGCUCACAGACGAUGUACGCGAUACCGCGUAACCAUAAAAUCCACCAGAAUACGCCGAGGCUGACGCACUACAUCGAGGAGCCGAAUGUGGGUUCGGGCUACAUCAAGGAGCUCUGCUUCUCCUCCGACGGCAGAUUGAUCUGCUCGCCCUUCGGCUACGGCGUUCGUCUAUUAGCAUUCUCCGGUGACUGUCAGGACCUUUCUAACUGCGUACCGCCGGGCAACGAGUCCGUUAAAUUACACGAACUCGCCACCAACGUUAGUCACUCGGACAUUGUUGUUAGCACGAAAUUUUCACCGAAACACUGUUUACUCGUUUCCGGCUGUCUGAGCGGACAGAUUACGUGGCAUCAACCGGUGGUCUAGCUAAUUAAUUCCUUAAUUAUUAUUCAUUAUUUUUUUUUAGUUCCUUUUUUUUUAUCGUUCUCAUUUUCGAAAUUUUUAUUCGUGGUAUUUAUAUUAUUCGUAUACCUAUGUAACACACGCGAACGACAGUCGUUGAUCUCUGUUUUGUAAAAACUUACGCAGGGAAUAGUCUGUAUUAUGUAGCCUGCAAUCUUGUAAUAGUGAAUUUAAAUCAAAUUUUUCCUGUGUAACACAUAAUAUAUAUAUAUAUAUAUAUAUAUAUAUAUACAAUAUACACACAUGUUUACAACAUGGUAGCAAAAAUAAGAAAAUAAAUAUCAAGAUGAUGGAAAAAUAAAGUUGAAACCCGUAAUUAAACAAUAGAAUAAUUAUUUAAUAAAUAUACACGAAUAAGAACGGGGAAAAAUAAAUGUGAACCAACGACGUUAGUUUCACCGCACGCAUGCAUAUACGUAUAGUAUAAUACAUAUAUGCUACGUUUGUUGUAUAUUAUUAUUUUUGUACUAUAGAUGUGACUUAAAAGCAAUAAUUUUUUUUUCUCGUUUUCGACGCGAAUUUUUCCCUUCAGUAUUUUCCCGGUAUCGGUUAUUAUUAUUAUUAUUAUUAUUAUUAUUAUUAUUAUUAUUAUUAUUAUCAUUGUUAUAUUAUUGCAAUUUUUUUUUUAUCAAACGUUUGACGUUUUACUCGAAUUGAGGUCGGACCGUCUGCACUGCUGUUGAUCCGAGAAACAGCUUUUUUUCUUUAUUCUCGUAACGUAAGGGAGAAGAAGAAAAAGAAAAAUAUUGAAGAGUUGAAAAUAAUUCUGAAAUAAAAUUACCACGAAAGUUAUCACGUAUCGAUCCAGAUCGUUUGCUAAUAAUUUUUACAUGUAUACACCUUAUAAUUAUGUAGCACUAGAAACUCUGCGAGUUUAUCAACUUUGGUUUUGAAGAAUAAUUAUCUCAGCGCAGUUUGAAACGUUCCUCAAGCCUUGUACAUAAGUUAAAUGUUAAUAUAUACUUAGAAAUUUUAUUUAUCAUUUCAUGAGUAAGACUCGAAUUUUAGAGGGAGGAAUGAAACAAAAAUAAAUCGAUAAUCAAAAUGUAUCAAUUGCCACGUUAAAGUUAUUUUAUACUUGUAAUAUGCGGUUUUAAAUACGACGUACAAUGGGAGAAACGUUAAAGAAAACAAAACCAAAAUUUUUACUGUCGAGUAUUACACAGGGCAGUUAAAUUUAUAAUGAUUAUUUGAGCGGUAGAUGUAUACGUUUUGUAUAAUUAAUAUCCGAAGAUAUUAAAAGCGAGUAACUGAUUUUUUUCUUCCUCGUUUUAUGACGCUGAAUAUUUCAUCUCCCGAUUGAAGAACCAGCUUAGCUUAGCAAAUAGUUAACAGUAAUCAUCAAAUCGAAGCAUUCAAUUCGAUUUAAAUCUCGGGUAUCCGAAUUUAUUGCAUUAAUUGAAACGACAUCAAAUAACACGACUAUACAUACGCGUCUAUAAUCUUUGUACACAAAUACGGAAUAUCACAAUCAUCCGGAUACAGUCUUGUGAAUCAUCGAUUCCUAAUUUUUUGCGAGUCUAUAAUUACGCGCUGUAUGCACACAACUUAUAUCUGUAUUAUUAUACAUACGAAUAAUGAAAACUUAAGAUCCUAAAAGGUAGAAAGGAAAUUGUGAAUAUUUACCUCCGAUAUUACAUACUUGAGAAGUAUAAAAAAGACGAAAAAGAAAACGAGAAAAUAAAGAAAAAAAAACAACUGUAAAGUACAUAUAUAUUAUAUAUUGAACAUUUGUAAAUAAUUUAUUGUCUAGUUUAUAAUAUAUAUAUAUAGGUGUGUGUGUGUGUGUGUGUGUGUGUGCGUGUGUGUAUAGGUAUGUAUAAAUAAUAUACAUGCAUGGAUAUAUCUCUCUAUUUUUUCUUUUGUUUUUCAGUUGCUGAUACUAUACGAUUAGAAUUGCGUUUUCUAUAUAUUUGCUAUCCGCCGUGCUAAAUUCUUCCGUCUUAUUUUCAAUCUAUAUCGUUCUUUCAUUUCGUUUUUCACAUUAUCUUUUGCCGUCAAGCAUGUGGAUAAUUUUAUACUAUAUCGACGUGGUUUAACAAAAAAUUGAAAACAUUCGCCAAUUUACAAGAUUAAAAACGUUUUUGUGGUAUUUACAAAUUUUGUACGACUUUGAAAUUUGAAUUGGUAACUUGUUAUUUAUUUUUUUUUUUACGCAAUGUCACGUCGAACUUUAUGCCAAACUAUUCUAUAAGAGAAACAAUUUGCCAUAACGCAAGUCUAUGGAAUUAAUAAAAAAAUAUUAGAACAAAAAUUCCAUUUGCCAUUCAGCACUGUUAACUUAUAGUACAAUCAUUAUUGUUAUUAUUAUUAUUGUUAUAUUCGAUUUUCCAUUUGUUUUUGUUAGAUCACGGUACACGUGGUUAUCUCGCAAAUAAACUUAUUUCGCAAUGUAUGUCGAUAGUCACUUGGGUUCGCGAUGAGAAGAAGAUAAAAGAAAAAAAGAAAUAAUGUAAGGAAUAGAUAAGAAUGCAAAUAAUUCGUAAAAUGAUGAAAAAUUAUAAAAAGUACUUAAAAUCGCAAACGCGUUAUUUGCGAUAUUAUCAAUGAGUUAUGCCAUUCUCGUGCAAUUUCUACAGAUUAACUUCAAGCCGAACCAUUAUAAAAACUGUCAUUAUGUAUAUUGAAACAAAUAAAGUGUGUUUGGCAGCUAAUGAUAUGUGAAGAAAACGUUUGUCUCGCUUCGAUCAUAUCCUAAAUAUUGUACAUGCAUUUUUAUGUAUUGAUAUAUGAGAUAUACUAAAAGGGAUGAAAUGCAUGAUGUUUAUUCUCCUUAGCGAUCGAUAUAAAAAACUGCAAUUCAUACGUAUAAAUCUCUGGAAAAAAUAUAAGUAACAAAAUUAAUAGCAAGGGUCGUUCAAUAAUAUGACAUGUAAUAUGAUGAGGAUAGACAAAUAAACGAUGGUUUUAGCUUCC